UUAGCUGAGGGUUAAUAUAACUUUACCUUCAAUCAUGUUCUCGACCUCGUUAUGGUCCUCGGUCCUGACACUUCUUCCUUUCAUAGGGCUUGCGCAGGCUGCAGCUGACACCGUUCCGACAAAAAUAGGCAAUCAGACGAUUGAGAGGACAGUACAACUCCGUACACACUCAUUAUUUGCACCAUACAUUGACCAAGAUCUGCAAAAUAGAUGGUGGGAUUUCGGUGCCGAUUCUUAUGUCAAUACGAAUAAACAUAUUCGUCUCACGCGGAACCGCCCCUCACAAAUGGGCUGGUUAUGGUCUCGACUUCCAUUAACUUCGCAAAACUUCGUAAUUGAGGUGGAAUUCAAGGUUUCUGGGGAAUCAGGACAUCUAUUCGGAGACGGCAUGGCCAUCUGGCUAACAACAGAGCGGACACAACCUGGCCCAGUGUUUGGCAGCAAAAAUGAAUUCAACGGCUUGGGAUUAUUCUUAGACACCUAUGCGAAUGCUCGGCAUACUUUUGCUUUUCCGCGCAUAAUGGCGAUGUUGGGAGACGGAAAGACAACGUACAACUACAACAAUGACGGAGAUGGUCAGGAGAUUGGGGCAUGUUCAGCGAAUUAUCGGCGAACGAACGUCGCCACCAAAUUGAAAAUCACAUAUGUCAAGGACACCUUUCUAGACGUUAAAAUUCAGUAUCAAGCUUGGGAUGAAUGGACCGAUUGCAUUUAUGUUGAGAACAUUUCACUCCCUCCAAGCCCUUUUCUUGGAUUUUCUGCCAUGACUGGCGACGUCGCAGACGCACACGAUGUUAUCGCCGUAACGACCUCAUCUGCCAUCACUUCCGCCAUCACUUCUAAGACAUCGAAAAGCAUCCCUGGCACAAAAAUACCGGGUGUCUCCUCUUCAACAUGGACGGGAUUUUUCUUUAAGCUGUUCCUAUUCAGCGGUGUCUGUGUGGGAGGGUAUUACGGAUGGAUGGAGUAUCAGAAGAGAAACAAAUAUGGUGGAGGUAUGGCAAAUUUUGGAGGUAUGUCAUUAAGUGGCGGGGGUGGUUUCGGUGGGGUAUAUACAAAUCCGAAACGGUUUUAAGCUAUCCGAGUAAGGUGUAUAUGAUAUAAAGCAGAGUGCUAUCAUUGACGUUGGAUGAGCCUGUGAGAUACUGUUAAUCUUGAACCCAUGCACUAUAACAUAACAUAUUGACCAUUUUGGAGGGAGAAA